UGAAAUCCCAGCUGUGGCUCCACCUUAAUGUCAUCAGUUUGUUAAAGGCAAGCAUUGAGCUCGAGAGGGGAGCCUUGUGAAAAACAGCGCAUCUGACAAAUUCAUUCUCUUAAACUGCCUUUAACAGCGAGCACUGGACACUGGAUAUUGUUUAAGGUGCGCAUACAAAAAACAACAACAACGUAACUGUUAAGAAGACCUUGAGCUAACAGUACAUCCCAUCCGCUGCUAUCCCGGUCCGAGCGCUACUUUGAUCUUCUGCUUGGUUUGCAAAAGGGUUUUGUCUUCAAAACGUCUCAAACAAAGAUGGCUUCAGUGGACUCGCGGUUCGGUCACAAGGACACAUCGGAUCAGAACUUCGACUACAUGUUCAAGCUGCUGAUCAUCGGGAACAGCAGUGUGGGGAAGACCAGCUUCCUGUUCCGCUAUGCUGACGACUCCUUCAGCAACUCCUUCGUCAGCACCGUGGGCAUCGACUUCAAGGUGAAGACUGUGUACCGCAACGACAAGAGGGUCAAGCUGCAGAUCUGGGACACUGCUGGACAGGAGCGCUACAGGACCAUCACCACUGCCUACUACCGGGGCGCUAUGGGCUUCAUCCUCAUGUACGACAUCUGCAACGAGGAGUCUUUCAACGCUGUGCAGGACUGGGCGACCCAGAUCAAGACAUACUCCUGGGACAACGCACAGGUGAUCCUGGUGGGAAACAAGUGUGACAUGGAAGACGAGAGGCUGGUCCCAGCCGAGAAGGGGAGAAGCCUUGCAGACCAGCUGGGGUUCGAGUAUUUCGAGGCUAGUGCCAGAGAGAACAUCAAUGUAAAGCAGGUCUUUGAGCGGCUGGUGGACAUCAUCUGCGUGAAGAUGUCCGAGAGCGUGGACACGGACCCUUCGAUGGUCAGCGGAGCCAAGAACACCCGGCUGACCGACAACCCUCCGCCCCUGCAGCAGAACUGCUCCUGCUAGUGACCGCUCCCCAGCCUUUAACCUCUGACCCGUAACAAUGUUGUUUACGUUUUGGGGGGGAAGGGGGGAUUGGGAUAUUUCUGAUGAUUCAAAGAGAAAAAAAAUCACACUUUAUCUAAAGAGUCCUUUAUAAAAGAUUUAUAAAAUAUACAAAAAUAUAACUCCUUGUACCCAGUAUCUUGCUUCUGUAAGAUAGUUAUCCAUGGUUAGUCACCUGGGGUAUGUUUAUAUGUAUUUAACCACUUUGCAUCUACCCUUACGGUAAAGUUUGUAAAAUCCCAUUAGGAUAUCAUGUAGCUGUGUAUUAACUUGAAAAACCCAUCAAAACCAUAAACAAACCACAUUACCAGCAAAGGCAAUGAAUGAGGUACUAAUAUUGCAAAUGAUAACAAAAUGGUACCACAAAAUAGUACUGCAAUAGAUUACUGGUAUUGCUUAUUGAUACCUCUGUGCCACCAGUGGUACUGUAUGUUUAUAUAUGAACAUGUUACCACUGUGGUGCCCUUCUACCAAUGGCUUAUCCCAUAGAACCAUUGCAUUGCCACGCUACAGUGAUCCCUUAAUUAAAUUCCACAUGGGUUAUUGUAUUUCUGAUUAGAAGGAAGUUGUCAGGGGAUGGUGGGGAAGGGAUUUUCAUUUCAAAUCCAGAUUUAAGCACAAACACGGGAUCGGCUGACUGGAGAAGCACAAAAGUCAUUGGAAAUCAAAGGGUUAUAUUAGCUUCUAAUAAUUACCCAGAAGAGAAACGGUCCCUUCUCAUCGCACUUCCGCCGUCAUCUGUCACACAAUUAGUAUCUCCUGAUGAGGCGUAGCGAAGCGGAACGAUGCCUUUCCACAACGCUGUGUUAAUUAGUCCCCAUCUUUUAAUCACCUAGCGGUUCAUUUGCAGUGCAAUGCAGCAUGUCCAUCUUUCAUACAGGGCUCUUAAAGUAAACCUGUGCUGAGGUUUUUGUCACUUGAAUUCUUAAGGGAUUGUUAAAAAAAAUGAUUUAUUUAUUUAUUUAUUUAUUUAUUUAUUUAUUUAUUUAUCAAUCAAUCAAAUCUACUGAAGGCUGUGUGCCUGUGAUACACUGCUGGUUGCACAGACCCUGAUGAGCACUAAUCGCCGAGACAAUCUAAUGUUACCUCAGGUAAGGUAGUCCAAGAUUAGAGCUAAUCAGGGUCUAUGAAAGCAGACAAUAAAGAUCCCUAUUCAAAAAGCUUUAACACAUGUUUUGAUGAACGAAACAGUAAACAGGGUCAAAUUGUGACAUUUUGCUUUUUUUCUGAUGUUUGCUCUCAUUCUCAGUCUUGCUAUCAAUUUAUUUUGUAUCUUUCUUUGAGCUUGCGUGAGAAUCUUAACUGCCGACAGUGAACACUGACUUCCUCAUCCCAUAACAAUCUAUUGAAAUUACAUUUAGAAUGCUGUAGAACACUUUCAUGAACUGCAUUUAAUUCAUCAAAACAAAAAAGUAUCUAAAUAAAGUUCAAGCUUUUUGAGGGACCCAGGGACGCGGUGAAAACAUAAUUGAGCGUCGGUCACCAAGAUGUUUGUUUUUUCUUAAAACGGGUGGCUACUUAUUUCUUUGGCUUAGUUCAGGGGACCACAUAUACAGGUAUUACUGUACUUAUAUACUAAAUCUAUAUCUAUACAGUUUAGAUUCUGAAACAAGAAGUUGGCAGGUGUAACCACUAAAAUUAACCUACACAUUCUAAUCAUAAUAACUCAUUAUCACAGAGAGGUAGGGGCGACGACACAAAUAUCUUCAUGUAUAAAAAUACAACAACAAAACAGCUGAACAUUGAUGAAGGGCACAAAUGUUUGUCUACUUCACUUUUAGUCUCAGAAUAAAAUUGAUAGUAUAGUUUUCACUACCAUAGCUUCAAAAGCUAUCCUUGCUCAUUGUGUGAAGAGAAGGUUGGGUGGGUUUAUUUGUUGUUUACAGUAAUGUUAAUCGUAUAAUAUAAUGAAAAAUUACGUGCAUGAAAAAUGUACACUUUAGACAUUCCGUCAGCAUCUAUAUUUUAAAGCGUGAAACACUGCCACUUAUGAUAGGACUGGCAAUUCUUAUUCACAGUCUACAGGUUGUAAUGUGUCUUAUCAAAUACAUGUAAUGUGUGUUUUUGAAUGCAUAGAAUGGUUAUUGGUUAUUGUUAAAUGUCCUUUUGUUAUUAGACAGAGGGACCAAUCGUUGCAGCUAGCUUACAACUAAACUGAAUAAAAGAAAAUGAUCUGUCUUUAAGAGCAACUUGGUGAAACAUACCUAUUCUUGUGGUUUAGAAUCACUUUGUAUAUAAUUUUCUGUUUCAGUUAUCACGUCCUUGUGAGUUUUUUUUUUUUUUUAAACUCAUAAGUCAAAAGUGUCUCUUUGGCCUCUAUAGAGUUCUCAAACAUGUCUUCUCUUCAAGUACAGAUGGUACACCGGAGUGUAACCAUUAACCUGUCUCCCUGCAACACCCGAUUGAUGUAAAAAAUACCACAUUUGUUCUAUGUGACAUUUCUCAGUGAUGUGUUUCAUACAUCCUCGUACAGCAGCGUGUUGCACUCUGGUGUACCAGCUGUACUUGUGAAGACAUGUUUAAGAGCUCUAUUGGGGCCACAGGGGUGCUUUUAAAUGACUGAAAAAGAAAGUAUAUACAAAGUGACUCUAAGCAAGAAGACAAAUACAUUUGUUAUCAGAACUAUUAAUUGUUAUCUCAAAACCCAUGCUCUUUAAGUCUACCAGACUAAAAACCCUGGACCAUUCUGCCAAUAGUCAUGAUUUGGGCUAACAAAGAAUCGUAUGUCAUUUAGACCAAAUCAGAUCUAUCAAAAUCAGAUGUUUAAACACCUUGGAUAGAUGAACAGUUUGAAACAUUGAAACCAUUUUGAAACCAUUAGGAUACUAAUAUAAUACCAGUGAAUUAAUCUGAAAAAACACUAGCAGUACCAUAGCAGACGACAUCUUUACCAGCAAUAGCAACACAAUGCAUUUGUAACAAUUAUUGCACAGUGUUCCUGAUGCACUAGCAUACUGUCAGGUACUGAUAGUGUACCAUGGACAUGGCAUAUGCAUUGUUUGUUUAUUCCAUUGUGAUGUCAUUGGUGUGUCAAAAUGUAAUACCACCCAUACCACUGCAGCUGCCCUUGUGGCACCCCUUAGUACAGAACCAUUGCAUUGCCAUUGUGGUGCCAUCUUCAGCUUCAUUGCCAUUGAGGAUCGUUUGAUGUGGGUAUAGGGAGAGCUGGAGUCUGGCACUGUCCUUUUUCUAAUAGCUAUACCACCAGCCUUUCACAGGAACUUUUGUAUAUACCUCUUUUUUGUGAAACGCGCAACUGUAUUUCCUAAUUAGCUGUUUUUGAAUAUCCAGUCUCUAGUUUUGUCCUUGGAUUUGUGUCUGUGUGUCUUGUGGGAUUAUGUCUUGUAGGAAUAGUGCAAUGCAUACUUCUCAGACUCGGGCAGGGUGGUGCUGUGGGGCUUUUUCUUUGGGGAGAGGGCAAUAUUUCAAAGGGUUUAUAAAAAAGGGGAGUUUAUUAAAUGUGUAGCAUGGUUAGUUGAAGAAUAUAUAUAUAUAUAUAUAUAUAUAUAUAUAUAUAUAUAUAUAUAUAUAUAUAUGAAUAACCAAACUCCUAGCAGGAGAAUUGAAUGGAUUUGUGUCAUGUCUGCUAAUUCCAAAACAAAUUACCUCUUACCAGAGGGACUUAAAUGGGCCAAUAUGUGCAAUAUUAUUGUGUGUGUGUGUGUGUGUGUGUGUGUGUGUGUGCCUAUGAAUGGGAUAGUAGUUCAUCUUGUGCUCAGUGUGUGCUCAAUUUUAUUCGAUUUAUGGGUUUUUAAUAUCUCCCCUGCCAACAGCCCAAGAGCGACGGAUUCAAGCAUGGAUUUAAAAAUUCAAGGCUGAAACCCAAGCCAGGAUGACGUGCAAGUCUAAAUUAAUUAUAAUAUAUAUAUUAAACAAGCCUCUUUCUUUGUCUGUUUGGCUCGGGGCUCACCAACUUGUGUGUUUAAAACACCUUUUCCCUUGUUGAAAAUGCCUGCUGUCAUGAAAAGAGGCUUCAAGAUAGGUAUCUAACCCUGCUUAUUUGCUUAAGGGAGUCACGGGGGGUGCUUCGUAGAGGUCCUAAUUUUGGGUGAAUUUAUGGGUUUUUAUCGCAGUCAUUGGUGUUUGCCACUUGAGCUGGAAAAGAUUAAUCUGCCUGACAAAUGCAUAUUAAAACAACUAUGCCAUUAGCUUGUCUUUCUGCUCGCUGCAAGAUUACAGCACUGUAUAUACUGAAUCUUCGAACACAAAAAGUCAGUCUAUAGAUGAACUACAGAGCCAUUAGUCACAGUAAAAGACUUCAGUUUAUAAAGUACUAUGAAUACUAUAAAUUUACUGCUGCAUUAACUACUUGAGGCUGUCUAACAGUCUGAAACCGAGUAGUAAAUUAUUUAUUAGCGGUAGUUAAGUAGUACAACAGUGACCAAUAAGUCAUAUUUAUAUAGUGUGGUUUAAGUAUGAUAUUGUUUGCUAAUACUACUGGGAUCCACUAAUCCCUGCUUAAUUUGAUAGACUAAUGCUCUGAGGUAUUAAAAAUGUAGUUUAUUGAAUUUCCUGUUUGAAAUUCUCAGUACUGUACUGUCUAUAUACCAUGCGCUGGCUCUAGGAUCCCCAGUACUGUGUUCUCUGUUUUAAAUAUGAGACUCGUAUCCAAAUUCAAAGUUAAUGUACCUACUAACCAUCCCUUUAUGUAAAUUUUAAAAGAAAUACGAUGUUGGACUAUUACCAGUGCUUGUGAAAAGGCUGUAGAGUAUAGGCAGUGAGCCUGAUUUUCAAAAAAAUGCUAAAAUAUAGGCUCAUUUUAAGCUAAUCUCAUUUUACUAUUUGGCGUAGUAUGGAGGAAGGCCAACGUGGCCUUUUUACUCCAUUGUUCCAGCCACGUCUUUUAUUAUCACAUUUGCUUUGAACGGGUACUUAAUAUCCUCAACCAUUUAAUUUUAUCUAUAGUAUUAGAAAUUUAGGGAGAUUGGACAUCCAGGACCAUGUGAAGCCCAGCCAAAAAUAUAACCACAUGACGACCCAAAAGAAAGCAUCUUUGCUAGCCUCUAUUGGUGACACACAUGCUGUAUUGACUGUAAAAGGGCUGUUCCUGGCCUUUGUUAUUAAACUUGUGACACAUUCCACUCUUAUUUCUAAAACACAUCGCACCUUCCAUUUAGAAUGUCACUAGCUCCUUGUAAAUAAACGACUCAGGAAACUUUGUAUGCAACUUGGGAAUACAACUUGCUAAGAAGAUUGCAGAGGAGGAUUCGAAGAGUAAGCCAACUGUUUCAUGGAACAGUAUGUCAAGUGUGGUUCUGUAAAUCACAGAAUUGACCUUUUCUAGUUUUUAAUUGUAAUAUCGGCAAAACACAGAAGAAAUUGAGGCGAGCCAUAACCCCACUGAAGGAACUGUUUCGGUUUUAGUUACCCACUCAUGACCUUCGUCAAGAAUGGUCCAUGAAAUAUGGGCACUGCAGUUAUCCCACCAAUCGGGAUGGCAAAAUAACCUACGGACCAUGGAGUAUUCCGUUUAAAUAACAAGUACAAUAUAACAAGUGCAACGUAUUGAAAAUACGUUUAGAUUUAAUCCUAAAUUAGCUUGUCGAUGCAGUGUAACUUGGAACCGUGUGAUUCACCGUUGAUUCGUCAUUCUGUUGUUGGAUUUGAAUGAAUGUAAGAUCUGGUAAAAAAGUUUUCUUUGUUUUUUUUAGAAAACACAAUUGGCAGUGGUGUUUAAUGCAGGUUGUCAGCUUAUUUUAGAUGUUUUACUAAGACUGACAUUGUACUUUGUGCAUUGUUACAGCAAACAGAUAACUGGUUUGUGCUCUUACUUUGCAAUCACUUGGAAGGAUUCUGUAAUAGAGAAAACUACAGUUUAAGCUUUUUAGUUGUGUAAGGCUGGUAGUAUGCUUUAUAGAAUGGGGUUGGGCUAUGAGUAAUUGGAUUUAGACUUGGUAUGAUGGUAUGGCUGACAUGUACAUGUCACAUUAAAGAAGAACUAGUCUAGAAAGAGCAGGGUUUUCAUAAAGAUUCAUCUUCUUUAUCAUUCAUUUCCAUGACCCUAUUCACAAUGAUCCUGGUGUAACAGUGAAAACAUCCUAUUUUUAAUGUUGGUAUUUUUAAUAUUUUAGUUAUAUAUGUUUAUAUGUCUGUGUGCAUACUUAGGGGGUGGGGUGGGUAUAUUUCAUAUGCAGUUGUUUUUUAAUGCAAGUAACUGUAUCAUCUUCUGAAUUCUUAAUGGCAGGCUGUUGUAGUGUGCUUAAAUUACAGAAGUAACAAGGGUUGGAUCAUUUCAAUCUGAAAGCAAAAUAGGUUAGCAUGGGGUUUAAUUAAUUGUUUUCAACUGUAUAUAAUAAUCUUGGUUAUACAGCACAAGUUGGGUGUUCCAAAAUGUAUUUAUUUUUCAAGUUUCAUAAGGCCUAUUGCUGCUGUAAUGUCACAAUAGAGGCUUCGUCAGUUCCAAGUUCCCCACAGCAACGGCACUUUUGAAUCUGUGAAUCAAUAAUAAAUCACUUCAUUAAAUCUAGUGUCAUAAGUAAAUGGUUAAUUACAUGUGGGGUAAAAAGAAAACAUACAGGAUCUUUGUGGUUAACUCAAAAAUAAUAAUCGAUUUAAUACAAUAAUAAGUUACUCACUUAGAAACAUUGUGUAGCCCAAAAAACAACAAGUGCUGACCUACUUUCUUUUCCAGAUUUCACACUGGUAUUAACAGAACAUUGAGGUAGUCAUUAAAACUGUACAACAAAGGUGUUUUUUGUUUUUUUCUGAUACCUAUUAAUAGGAACAUAUUUUUGAUGUGGUAAACUUUCUUUCUAAUCACCCUGUAUAUACACACUAGCUUUCAAUGCCACAAAAAUCUUCAGGUGAGAACUGGACACUGGAGGCAAAGAAAGUUCUUCUUACAGGUCAGUUUAGCCUCUGAAAAUGAAAAAAAAAAAAAAAAAAAUCCUAACAUUGGUAUCUGGAGUAUAACAUUCUGUUGUUAUAGAGGUGUUGUCAUAACAUUGUAAUGGUGAGUAUUUGUAAUGUAUAUGAAAUGUUGUUAUAUUAAAUUUAAAGCAUGUAUAUUUAUUUAAAAAUAAGGUCUUAGUCCUGAAGGACCAAUGUAGCAUUCUUCACAGCUUCAUAAAGGUGACAUAACACUAAAUAUCUAUAUUCAUAAUCACUCUGACACCCCACAAAACAUGCACAUAAGUAUUCAUAACACGUUGUCAUACAAUUUGCUACAAACCAAAUGUACUGUCAUUGAAAUUGCAGCCUUUCAAGUGCAAGCCUGGCACUCUUACCCAUUUACACUUAUACCGUCAUUAGUGAAAUCUAUUCAAUAGUAUUGUUUGCUAGCAUUAUAUUAAGAAACGUCAUGACAAUACAUUUGACAAAAAAGAAAUACUUCUCUGCAUGUUGACUUGAAUGCUACGUAUUGUCCCAAUUCAAAUAAAGCGUUAAUGGUUAUGGUUUAAAGUUAGCAUUUUAAAGUUAUGGAUGAAGCCUUUUUCAUGAUCAAGCUGUGGAUUUUUAUAUAUAUAUAUAUAUAUAUAUAUAUAUAUAUAUAUAUAUAUAUAUAUAUAUAUACUGUAUUAGCAAUACCUGUUCAGAUAUUAAAAGAUUUUAAAGUCACUUCUGUUUGUGCUGCUUCUACAGCCCAGCUCUUUUGUUCUUGUGAAGUGUAACAGUUGAAGCGACGGGUCUGUGUUUCAGUGGUAGAUUACUAUGUGCAUUUUAGAGAUUGAAGAACCUGUAUCUUUAUAAAAUGACAGUAAUGAUCAAUAAUAAUAAAAUUAAGUGAAAGUAAAAUAUGCUGAUGAAA